AUGGCAUCGCUCAAACGCAAACGCUUGAAUAGCGCAUCCGAUAGGCGUGCAGCUAACACGACCGGGCCCGUACAUGCCGAAGGGAGUAGCAGAGUUCAGGUUGGGAACUCGUUCACAGAGGUUCACAACCACGAAGGACGACAAGCCAACGACGAAUGUCUUCGAGAUCUACGAACGACCGACCCACGCAUAGACAAGACGCGAAUCGAGAAUGACAAAGGAGGGUUAGUGCAGGGCUCGUGCAACUGGGUUCUGGAGGACUCCAACUUCCAGCAAUGGAGACAGGGAACAAAUGAUCGUCUUCUUUGGGUCAAGGGUGACCCGGGAAAGGGCAAAACCAUGCUCCUUUGUGGUCUCAUCGACGAAUUGAAAAAAUCUCAACCUUCUCUAUCCUACUUCUUCUGCCAAGCUACCGACUCCAGGAUCAACAACGCAACAUCGGUCCUGCGAGGCCUCAUCUACCUCCUUGUGGUCCAGGACGCAUCUCUAACUCGACAUGUGCGCAACAAGUGGGACCAUGGAGGCAAGUCGACUUUCGACCCUCCAAAUGGAUGGCAUGCCCUGUGCAACAUUUUCGAGGAUAUACUGCAUGACCAUUCCAAGCCAACUUGUCUUGUCAUCGACGCACUUGACGAGUGCGAGGGCGGCUCUCUGUCUUCACUUCUCAACUUGAUUGUCUCCACGGCCUCCAAAUUCCAUCACAUCAAGUGGCUUGUCUCCAGCCGCAACCUACCCGAUAUCGAACGUGGAUUGGGAGGCGCCAAUGUUGGUGGGAAGCUUGACAUAAGCCUCGAAGCAAACGCUGGUCUCGUAUCCAAAGCGGUUGCUAACUACAUCGAUUACAAAAUAGACAACCUUGCGAAGCUCAGUUCCGAACUAGACUUGCGCAAGAAUGUCAAAGAAACAAUGCAACAAAAAGCCAAUGGCACAUUUCUUUGGGCAGCUCUCGCCCUUGACCAGUUGAACGCAGAAGAGGAUGAGGAGCUGGAGGACAACUCUGAGAUGUUGGACAUUCUCAACCAAGUACCCGAAGGAUUGACCAACCUCUACGAUAGGAUGUGGAGGCAGGUCAGCGCUCAGGGUUCAAAGAACUCCAGGUCAUGCAAAGUUAUCCUUGCAACUAUGUUUCUUGCAUACCGACCACUCCAGCUCCAGGAACUGCCCAUGCUUGCAGGUUUCAGGGGCAACCUUGCCAACCAUGACACACUCGUAAAACUUGUCAGGCGAUGUGGGUCUUUCUUGACUAUCCAGCAAGACGCAGAGACAGUCCACUUUGUUCAUCAGUCGGCCAAGGACUUUCUCACUGACAACAAGAAUGCUUUUGAUGGAAUUUUUCCAUCUGGCAUGGGGGGCGGCCACCAUCAACUGUUUUCUCGAUCAGUCGAGGCCAUGGCUACUGGCCUACGGCAAAACAUCUAUGGCUUGCGCAAUCCAGGAGUUUUGACCAGCGAAAUCGAGGUCCCAGUGCCAGACCCUCUUGCUGCGAUGCGAUACGCGUGUGUUCGCUGGCUUGACCAUUUCUACGAAUGGGUUUCUUCGAAACGAGAUCGAGACCAAAAUGAUGCAAAUGAUGUCUUUGCUUUCCUGCAAGACAAAUAUCUCUACUGGCUUGAGGCCCUUGGUCUUUGUGGAAACGUCAUCGAAGGAAUUGCCUCUCUCAGAAAGCUUGAAGCUCUUGCGGCACACAAUCAGUGGGACCAUCUGGCGACCCUGGCUCGUGAUGCUCGGCGAUUUGUCCUUGCCAACAGACAAGGAAUAGAGACAGCCCCAUUGCAGGUUUACGUUUCAGCACUCAUCUUCUGUCCAACUUCCAGCUGGGUGCGGAAGAGGUUUGAGAUGAUGAUACCAGGGUGGAUCAAGAAGAAACCGAAAAUGCAACCUGAAUGGGAUGCAUGCUUGCUGACUCUUGAGGGACACGACUCAGAAGUCUGCCACUUAGCAUUUUCUCCAGACAGCAGGAUCAUUGCGUCCAGUGAUUGGGUAGGAACCAUUAAAAUCUGGGAUCUGGAAACUGGAGCAUGCUUGAACACCAUUUCGGAUCAUCCCAUGUGGAUUUUCAAACUGGCCUUUUUAUUUGGAGAAUCCAGCACAAUUCUCGCAUCUGCAGGAAGGAGGCAGGUAGGAGAUGGUCAUUGUUAUUCAAUCAAGAUUUGGGAUCCAUUGAACGGAAAUACGCCACGAAGAGCAUUUUCGAUGCCCAACAACAUGGCAUACGACAUCGCCUUUAUGAAAGAUGGCAGAAGGGCGGUGUGGGCCGAUGAGGCGGGCGCAUUGAUCAAGUUGGAUCUUGACACAGGACAAUUCCUAGACACGAUCAACAAGCUUCCUGCCGGUCCCAUAGCAGUUUCACCGGACGGCCAGACCAUCAUCACAUCCGAUGGGGAUUGUUGCCAAGUUUGGGAUUGGUGCAACCCGGAAACAGCUCGUCUCACAUUCGAUGAUUUGUUUCCAAAUGAGUACUAUUGGGUGGUGAUCUCCCCUGACAGCACAAAGCUAGUAGUAUAUGGACAAAGCCCGAGGUAUAAGCCUCUGCGCAUCGAAGUUUGGGACUUGACCACAGGGGCCUGCACCACCUCUCUCAGAAAUCCCAAUAUUGCCGACGGCGGCCUUGCAUUUUCGCCAGAUGGAACGGUGGUAGCUUUUGGAGAUGCGCAAGGCACGGUCAGCCUAUGGCAUACAACAACAGACACAGUGGAGGUGUUCAGCGGCCAUUGCGAUGAUAUUUCGGCGCAGGCCAUCUCUCCAGACGGGAGGCUACUCGCAUCAGGGUCCGGGGACCACACAAUCAAGAUCUGGGACCCGACUAUCAGAACUUCACCGAACUUUGACCCAGGCUAUGAUGUUGGGCCCCAAGACUGGCUUCUAUCACCCAAUGGGUUGUGGGUUGCUUCCAUGACAUACGACGUCAUUAGAAUGUGGAGCUCAGUGACGAGUAAAUAUGUUUUCGAUCUACCUGAGCCCCCGCUAAACUCGACCGACGAGCUGGUAGACACUGUGGAAUUCUCACCAUGCGACAGGUGGCUGGCUUUUAAGGGUCGUGGUUUUAUCACAAUCUGGGACACGACAACGUGGGAAAUUCAAUACGAACUCCCGCCUCGGUUUCUUAUCCAGGGCUACUGCCUCUCACUGAAAACCAACAUCCUGGCAGAGGUACCCGACAAGAGUGACACCGUCGAGAUCUGGGACUUACACACGCGCAAACUGAAAUCAACAUUUCCGAGCUUUCUGUGUGGGCAUGAUCAUCUCAAACAGAUGUCAUUUUCCCCAAAUGGGCUGUGGUUGGCAUUAGCCUCAAAGAAAACGCUUGAGAUAUGGGAUUGGGCUGCGAAGGAGUGCAUACAGGUGGUCAAUGAAUAUCCAGGUGAAAUUUCAUGGCAUCCGACGCAUGGUGGUUUGCUUCACACUUCUCAUGGUAGCUAUUGCGUUCAAGGGUCCACAGGAAACCGCUCGGUCGACAAGGUUCAAAUGCAGAAUGAGGACAAAGACCCAGUUCAAAUGACCAAAUACAACGAAUGGGUCACAGUCCGUGGCAAACGUGUCCUUUGGGUCCCUCCUCAGUACCGGCCUCGCUUCAGGUACUAUGAGCAGUAUGGUACGGUUGUGGAAAUGGCGGUGGAUUAUAACAAGUCAGGGAUUGCUAUGCUGGACAACUGCAACCGGGUGAUUUAUAUUGAGUUUGACGUCCCCGAGAUAGCUUUCAAGUUUUAG